UUCCAGACACACGUGCGAAGCGGAAACACCUCAACAAAUCGCACUUCGAUUUUCUCUUUUUCUUCUGUUUUCCGUCGACGCUUUCUCCACGAUGGGAACUAAAACAAAAGAUAAGAUUUUGAUGCGAAAGAUCAAGAAGACGCAGACCAAAAAGUUAAAGCUGAUCCAGGAGAAGGAGAAGGAGAAGGAAGCGAGUGGAGAAUCUGCCACAGUUGAAGAGCCAUUGCCUGAGGAGGAGGCAGAAAGACUCAUUCAGCUUCAUCCAACUCUAAGUAAACGUCCUGCAGAAGAAGAGGAACAGCGGCCAAAGAAAAAAAAGAAGAAACAGCCUCUGAAAGACCUAGAAAAAGCCCUUGAUGAUGGGGCUGAUAACGAGCCAGAGCCAGAGCCAGAGGCAAAGGGCAAAGAAGAAAAAAGUGAUACAGGGAAACAGAGAAAUGAGGAAGCAGAAGAGGAGGAGGAGGAGGAGGAGGAGGAGACCAGAAAGGAGCUUGACAGUACACUUGGCUUCAAUGCCACUACCACCAAAUCAUUUGAGAGCCUUGAGGGUUGCGUGUCCAACGAGACAAUGAAUGCCAUAAAGACGAUGGGCUUCAAGGACAUGACAGAGAUCCAGGCAAAGGCAAUCCCCAAACUCCUGGAAGGCCUUGACCUGCGUGGAACAGCCAAGACCGGAGCAGGAAAGACACUGGCCUUUCUCAUCCCUGCUGUAGAGUUGAUGUACAAAUUGAAGUUCAAGCCCAGAAAUGGUACCGGAGUGAUCAUCAUCUCUCCAACUCGUGAAUUGUCCAUGCAAACAUAUGGUGUUUUGAGAGAACUCAUGCAGGAACAUUCGCAAACAUUUGGCCUGAUCAUGGGAGGUGCAGACCGCAAGAGUGAAGGUGCAAAGUUGCGGAAAGGUGUGAAUAUCUUGGUUGCAACACCUGGAAGGCUCCUAGAUCACCUCACUAACACUCCAGACUUCAUGUACAAAAACAUGGUUUGUCUUGUCAUUGAUGAAGCUGACCGGAUUUUCGAUGUUGGAUUUGAGCAAGAGAUGAAACAGAUCUUGAAUAUUCUACCAAAACGGAGGCAGACGAUGCUGUUUAGUGCAACAAAAGAUACAAAAACAGACGAGCUUGCCAGACUUGCCCUAAAGACAGAUCCCAUGGAAGUAGAUGUGGAUUCAGACAAAAUGAAUGCAACAGUAGAGGGCCUAGAACAAGCUUAUCUGGUGUGUCCUGCUGACAAGAGAUUCCUUGUUCUCUAUACCUUCAUUAAGAAGAAUCUAAAGAAGAAAGUCAUGAUCUUCUUCAAUUCGUGCAUGACUGUCAAAUACUACCAUGAGCUACUGAAUUACAUAGAUGUCCCUGUUAUGUGCAUCCAUGGAAAACAAAAGCAAGUGAAACGAACGAAUACCUUCUACCAGUUCACAAAUGCAGAUUCAGGUGUCUUGUUGUGCACAGACGUAGCAGCCAGAGGUUGGGACAUUCCAGCAGUUGAUUGGAUUGUGCAGUAUGAUCCCCCAGAUGAUCCCAAGGAAUACAUCCACCGUGUUGGAAGAACAGCUCGUGCUGGAGGCAGAGGUCGUGCUCUCCUGUUCAUCCGCGAAGAAGAAUACCUGUUCAUCAGUUACCUCAAAUCUCACAAGGUCAAUGUGGAUUGCAUGGACAUUUCAUGGACCAAAGUGGCAAACAUUCAGAUGCAGCUGGAGAAGCUGAUUGGCCAGAACCACUUCCUACACCAAAGUGCUAAGGAAGCUUACAGAGGAUACCUAAGAGCAUAUCACUCACAUCAACAGAAACACAUCUUUGACAUCAACACACUCGACUUGAAAAAGGUGGCCAAGUGCUUUGGCUUCAUUGUGCCGCCCCUCAUCGACCUAAAUAUAGCGUCGGGAAAACUACCCCACAAGCGUGGUGGUGGUGGAGGCUAUGGAGGAAUCAACCAGAGGAAAGACUUCAAAACGAAAAUAUACCGACAGGGGAAUAGACCUAGAUAUUAGUUUUUCUUAUUUAAUUUGUUAUAAUCAGAGAUAUAUUUUUUAUUGUAUGUUGAGAUGAACAUGUUAAUGGAAUCUGCCUCAAAAACAAUUUGUCCCCUUUUGCAUAGGCCUUAUUUUGAUGGGAAUGUAGUUUGAGUUAAUAAUUGAUCAAUUAUGUUCUCAAUUUUCCACAUUGAAAUAUAGCUGAAGGAUAUUAAGUUGAUAUGAUUUAUCAAUUUUGAGUUUUAUUCAUUCAAAAUUUUUUCAUUAUAUUUCUUCUGAGUGUUUGAUGUGUAUGAGGUUGAUGUGUAGGUGCGGAUGACUAUAAUGUUAAUAGUACAUGUAAGGUUACUUUAGGACAUUUAAACUUACGAAAACAUAAA